ACCUGAGCACACUAUUUGGAAAUGAGGAACUUUUGCAAAUUUCCCUAAAUAAACUUCCUGCCCGGACUCAGCUACCAAACCAGCCUCCGAUCCCCUGACAAGCUCAGUCCUUUCCCACCCGUUGCUGAGCUCUGGUCAAGAUCUUCUCCCAAGAAACUUACAGAGGUAGAGCGCUCAAAGAUUCUCACUGUAUACCACAGCCACAAGCCUGAGGAAGGCAGGGCUCACAUUGACAUGGCAUCCACAGUGUCAGAGUCUGGUGGAGUGAAAGUCAUCACACAGGUCCUCCAAGCCACAGACCCCCGGGCUGCGCAGCUGAUGCCAUGCCCCAGCCCCACCACAUCCUAUCCAGGCUCCAUUCUGGUCAAAGACUUCAGGAAAGCACAGCCUAAGGCACUUGGGUCAAUACAGAUAGUAGCUGGCAUCACACAGAUAAGCUUUGGGAUUGCCUUGACGAUUGCAGAAGCCAGCAACCCUGCCCUCACUGUGACCAGUGGAGUCUACUUCUGGAUUGGAUUCCUGCUCACAGUCUCAGGAUCCCUGCUGGUGGAAACUGAAAAAAGAGACAGCGCUUCGAUGGUGCAAGCCUGCUGCAUUAUCAGUACCCUCGUCAUUGUGGCCAGCCUGGUGGCAGCAAUCAUCUAUGGUGUCGAGAUAAGCCAAAACGUCCCGUGGUGCCCCGUGAGAGGGAAUGUUUCUGGGAACAAACGGUGGUGCCAGUCUCCUACCCUCACGGGCCCGAACCAUGGGGUUAACACCGUAUUUAUCCUUCUGUGUCUCCUGGAGAUGAGCACAGCCAUCGCUGCCCUGGUGUAUGGAUGCAAGGCCAUUAGAGGGGAAAACUACACACGGAUGGUGCUGUGAUGGGGACAGAGGCUGUCUCCACUCUCCCCACACUGACCACACGAUGGAGCCACAGAAACUUGUAUCUCAGCACCCUCUUCAUUUUCCCAGGCAAGACUUUGGAUAGGGCAGUCUCCAAUACUGUUGCCUCCUGGAAGCCUUCCCUAACAAACUGGAUACCCAAACACACACUUAAUGGGGCCCCAAACUCUCUCUCAGUUACUGGAGGGGAAAGAAAGUCUGCCCUUAAACUGCUCCCUGAUCUCUGCUAUCUGUAAUCAUGUAUGUAGGGCAAACUUCAAAUCCCUACCUUCUCUCCAGAUCUUCCUAAUCAUAGAAUCAUAGAAGUAGGGUCGGAAGGGACCUUGUACAUCUUCAGGUCCAACCCCCUGCCUGGGCAGGAAGAAAACUGGGCUCAAAUGACCCCAGCCAGGUAGGCAUCAAGCCACUUCUUAAAGACCCCCAGGGUAGGAGCCAGCACCACUUCCCUUGGAAGUUGGUUCCAGAUCCUAGCCACCCUAACUAUGAAGUAGUUCCUAUGGAUAUCUAAUCUAAACCUACUCUCCAACAACUUGUGGCCGUUAUUCCUUGUUAUCCCAGGGGGCGCUAGGGGAAACAAGGUCUCCCCAAAACCCUUCUGGUCCCCCCUAGUGAGUUUGUAGACAGUCACCAGGUCCCCCCUCAGCCUUCUCUUGUGAAGGCUGAACAGGUUCAGGUCCCGUAGCCUCUCAUUGUAGGGUCUGCCCUGCUGUCCCCGGAUCAUGCGUGUGGCCCUGCUAUGGACCCUCUCAAUGUUGUCCACGUCCCUCUUGAAGUGGGGUGCCCAGAACUGGACACAGUACUCCAGCUGCGGCCUGACCAGUGUCGCGUAGAGGGGGAGGAUCACCUCCUUGGCCCUACUUGAGAUGCAGCUGUGGAUGCACGAUAGGGUUCAGUUAGCCCUGCCGACCGUGACCUCGCAUUGUCAGCCCAUGUUCAUCUUGGAAUCAGUGAUGACUCCAAGAUCCCUUUCUGCCUCCGUGCUCUCAAGAAGGAAGUUUCCCAUCUUAUGAGUGUGCUGCUGGUUACUACUGCCCAAGUGCAGCACCCUGCACUUGUCAGUAUUGAAAUGCAUCCUGUUUUUGUUAGCCCACCUUUGCAACCUAUCCAGGUCUUGCUGUAGUCUUUCCCUCCCUGCUAGCGUGCCCACCUCACCCCAAAUUUUGGUAUCAUCAGCAAAUUUAAACAGGUUGCUUUUCACCCCAUUGUCCAAAUCGCUGAUAAAGAAAUUGAACAGCGCGAGCCCUAGGACCAAGCCCUGGGGGACUCCACUGCCCACUUCCCCCCAUGUCGAAUAUGACCCGUCCACCACCACCCUCUGAGCAUGACCCUUCAGCCAAUUUGCAAUCCAUCUGACCAUGUAGGCAUCGAUGCCACAGUCACCUAGUUUUUUAAUAAGGAUGGGGUGGUCGACAGUGUCAAAGGCUUUGCUGAAGUCCAGAAAGACUAAAUCCACGGUGACACUGCAUCCAAUGCUUUUGUGACCUGAUCGUACAAGGCAAUCAGGUUGGUCUGACAUGACCUGCCCCUAAUGAAACCAUGCUGGUUGCCCUUGAGCAUCCUCCCCGAUGCCAGCCCAUCACAGAUGUGCUCCUUGAUGAUCUUCUCAAAGAGUUUCCCCAGGAUUGAGGUAAGACUGAUGGGCCUAUAGUUGCCCGGGUCCUCCCUCCUCCCUUUUUUAAAGAUGGGGACCACACUGGCUAUCUUCCAAUCAUCUGGCACCUGGCCUGAGCAACACGCACGCUCAUAAAGCUGUGCCAAGGGCCCAGCAAUAACCCCUGCUAGCUCCCUCAACACCCUGGGGUGGAGAGCAUCUGUACCUGCUGAUUUGAACACAUCCAGUCCCUCCAGAAGCACUCUAACCUGGUCCUCCUCAACCUUAGGUCUUGAGGCAUUCCCCUCAAGUCUGCCUUGAAUCACGGUGGGGGAGUCCCGAUCCCUGCACAAGAAAACGGAGGUGAAGAAUUUGUUAAAGAGGUCUGCCUUCUCUGGCGCAACCACCAGAUUGCCCAGCGCAUCUUGCAGGGGCCCCACAUUUCCCAGUGCCUUCUUCAUCCUCCCUAUAUAUUUGAAAAAGGACUUUUUAUUAUCUUUGAUCUUGGACACUAGUCCUAGCUCUAUGUCCGCCUUAGCUUUCCUAACAGCCCCCCUACAGGCCCGAGCAGUGGAGGUAUACUCCUCUUUGGAGAUAGCCCCCACCUUCCACCGUGUGUAUGCCACCUUUUUGGCAACCAGGCAUUCCUGGACAUCCUUGGUUAGCCAGGGAGGCUUUUGGGCACUCUUGCCCCCCUUGCUUCUUGUUGGGAUCGUCACCCCUUGGGCCCUGAGUAUCGUCUCCUUAAGGAACGACCUCUCAUCUUGGGCACUGAGGUCCCCUGCCCUCAAGAACCCCAGUGCCUCUCCCACCAAUCUCCUCAAUUCGUUGAAGUUGGCCCUCUUGAAGUCUAGGGCUACCGCCUUGCUGCAGGCCCUUGUCACCCUGCACUGGAUGAUGAAUUCCAGCAAGCGAUGAUUGCUAUCACCCAGGUGGUCAAGGACCUGGAGCCCCCUUACCAGAUCAUCGCCUGUGGCCAGGACCAGGUCCAACAGGACAUUUCCUCUGGUGGGACUGUGCACCUCCUGGGUUAAGUGGAGGUCCUGUAUCUCGGCCAGGAACCUCCUGGAACGGUCCGACCUGGCUGACUGCUCCUCCCAGCAGAUGUCCGGGUAAUUUAGAUCACCCUUGACAACUACAUCCCUUGCCUUAAGUGCCUCUGCAAGCUGGCCCAAAAAUUCCUGGUCCAGCUCCUCCCCUUGGUUGCGGGGUCUGUAGUAGACCCCUACCGUUAAAUCCCUCUCCCCACGACCCCCUUGUAUCUUGACCCAGAGCACUUCAGCUUGCCCCUCCUCUGACCCCAUUUUGCUGGCAGAGGAUGUGUAUUGCUCUUUGACAUAGAGCGCCACACCCCCUGCCUUUUUCCUUCUCUAUCCCGCCUGUAGAGCCUAUAGCCCCUAAUGCUAACUGCACAGUCGUGGGAUGAAUCCCACCAUGUUUCUGUGAUCCCUACUAUGUCUGGGUUUGAACUGGCUAUUCUGAGGGCGAGUUCCUCCUGUUUGUUCCCCAUACUCCGAGCAAUGGUAUACAGGCAUUUAAGGCCUUGCGUAGCUGGGCCUCCCUAAUGGGACACUGGAGUGAACUUUAACACUUGAAAUGUCCCACUUGGAGCUGGGAAAUAGGACUUAACCUUGGCUUCUUCUAUUCCAAACCAUCCCACUUUGAGAAAGAUGGGAGCAAACUCUCACCCUGGAAAUCUUCCCUGACCUCUCAAAUUCCUCAGUUAGUCACUGCAGGGGUAAGAUGAAGCUAAACUCCAACACUCAAUCCACCUGUGAUCCCUUCAUGUCAAAGAACAGAACAGAGCUAACUCCAAAGGCCCUGAUUUGACUAAUGUCACACACACAGUCUGUAACAGAGCCAGGAUUUGAACCUACUUCCCCAGGGUACAAAAAUCAAUGUUUUCACCACAAGACUCCUUUUCAGGCCUGCCCACAGCCUCUUCCACAGUCUCCCAAACUCUCCAGUCUUUAAGUAGCACAGGCAAACAAGAUGAACAGCAAAAGCAGAGGGACCUGUUGGAUUGUGAUCUAGAAGUUGUUCCAUCCCUGUCUUCAGUCCAGCUUCUCUCACUCCUGCCUAUACUUGUACCUGCAAGGUUUUGAUGAUCAGUGGCAAAAAGAUGGUAAUGAGUAAGGGAAGGUGCCUCAGUUUAAAACUCAACAUGUCCAUUGGAGCAGAAUGUCAUAAACAUAGAAAUGUGGGUAGACAGAUAGCAAAUCCCCCAGUGUUAAUAUAAUAAACAUGCCAGACAGUUUACAAUACUCUUCAAGCUUCUGUAAUUGUUCCCGUGUAACAUGGACAAGCAUGUAUAUUGUGUCAUUCAUUUCUCACUGAUUUCAGUAUUAAAGGCACUGCUGAAAUUGA